GCUAUAUCUCCUUGUCAGACUCUCUAUUUGCCUGUAAGUGAACUACCACAUUCGGCAAAUUUGGUCUGCCUCAUUGGCUCCGCUAAUUCCUCCAGUGUUACUGGCACCAACAAUUAUCUCUCUACCCCAGGUUCUUCUGCAAAUAACAUCAGUUCUGCCUUCACCGGACAUAUUCAUUCUUCACCUAGAUCUAAUACAUCCAGUGAGUUAGCCAUUACUUCUAGUGGCCUUCCACAGUCAUGCCUGGCGAUUAGUCCCAGCGGAGGAAAUCUACGCUUUUGGCCACGUUUUAUGCUACGACCAACGGCUUUUAUUGAUGUAAACCUGUCAGAACCUGUUGCAGGUUUAUAUGGAGAUGAAGCUAAACAGCUAGAACCCGGACCUCUGACAGUAGUAACCUAG